AUGGGCCAGGGGGGCAAGGCGAACCAAUUGUACGAUACUCGGGAUCACAAACAUUUGCAACCAUUUCUACUUUUUGCUCAUACCUUUGCGGGCUGCGACACUACUAGCUGCUUUUUUGGGAAAGGGAAGAUGAAGCUGGUGAAGUUGCUGCUGCAGAACGACAGCAUUAGAGCGCUGGCGCUGAAGUUUUACGAGCCGGACUGCUUGGAAGGCGAAUUGCUGCAAUGUGCAGAGACGAUUACUCUCGCACUAUACAAAGACAAAGAACAGUCUUCUUCUCUCGGGACUUUCAGAUACAAUUUGUUUUCUACAAACUUAGCAAAGGCAAAAUAG